AUGGCGCAGAUGAACGGAGAGCUCCCAGGAGGCCAGGCGCUUGGCCCGGCCCAAGGUUCCACUCGGACCGCCCACCUCCCGUCACGCCACAGCCGCAUGCGGGAAGCUGAGAGUGAAAUCCUGGACAGCAAUGUGGUCAGUCCCGACAACAGAAGCCCACUUCCCAUUCUGAACCCCACAGAGGAGGAAGAGGCAGCAGUGUCUCCAGCGCACUUGGCUGUCGACUGUGAGUUCUACAAGAACAAGCGAGAGUCUCGGUCCCGCAAGCUGAUGGAGGAAAAUGACAGCAUGCGGGAGCGCAUGAACGGAUUGGAGGACAUGGUCCGGAGGCUUAAUGCGAAGCUGGAACAGCAGGACACGUCCAGAGUCCUAGUGCCGGAUCAGAAGAGGUUUUGCAUGAGUCGCAUCAGGCGCGGGAACGGCUUGCCGAAGUCGGCAAGCUCCAGGGCCAAGGUCAAGGCGGCCAAGCGGGCGCUGGCGAAGUCUCUGAGGGCUCACAUGGAGGUUCUGGCGGCGUCGAUUGCCGCUGCAAAGUCUCAUUUCCAUUCAUCGCCCUUGCAAACACCCCUCGCGCCCUCGAAUUCUGGAGCAAGCAGGGCGAGCAACCUCCCAAGGAAAAGGCCACUUUCAGCCUUUCCCAGCCGUGCAACGGCAUCUCCAGUCUGCCAGCGUCCCGCAUCUGCCAUCGGCGUGCGGGAGCGCUUCACCCAGGCUGGCCCGAAACAAGUUCUUGUCUUUGCCGCGCUCCUGAGCCUGGUUGUGGCGGCCCGAAGGCCAGAGACUUUAAGCACCGUGUUUCACAUCGUGACGCAUUCUGGAUUGAACAUGGCCCAGCUUACGUGCCGAGCCGUUGCAGUGGCGCAGAAACACGGCUGCAAGGUGAAUUUGCUGCGAGCAUUUGCGAGUCAUGGGCUGGUAAUAUGGCAGGGGGACGGUAGCGAAGUUCUUGCUUUUUGCAAACUGCAGCUCUCAGAAUGCAAUUGGGCCUGGCGGCACUUCUAUGCCACUGACAGGCUCAACGGUCCACCACCACCGCUGCCUCCGUUGCCUCCCGAGCUUGCUGAGAAGGAGCCGUCUCCAGAGGCACAGACAGCGGCAUCCGGCCAGGACGAGGAUGAUUUCACUGCCGAGGAGCGACGGCUCGAGCAGGAAUCUGAAGAGGCGUUGAACCAGCUGGAGGCUCUCGAUGCUGCAGUCGACGCCUUGCGCUUCAAGUUGGAGGUCUCUAGAGAUGACCUGGAGUCGUCUGGGGCCGAGUUGCAGCAGCUCCGCUGUGCGGCCGAAAGCUGGGCCAAGGCAGCUGAAGAGAGCCGCCGAGAGCUGCAUGAUCGGGAGCAGCGACUGGAGGAGAAUUUAAAGCCCUGCUGCAGAGGGACGGAGGGAAGGCGGGAGAUCUGCGGAUGUUUGCAGGAGCUCUUGGUGGAAGAGGCCCUUUGUCCCAGCGAGGCAGAGAAGGAGCCGCACAAGUCACUGGCAGACGAGAGGCCGCCUGCUGUCACGACGGGUGGAGGAGUUCUCCUUUCGCCGGUCCUUUCAGAGGGUCUGUGUGCUUGGAAAGCAGACGGACCGGUUGCAGGAGCAGGCUCCAGCAGUUUUCUGCGAUCUGUGCAAACAGAAGGCUAUGCUGGCGUGGAGCGGCGGGCUCUCGAGGCACAGCUGGAGGCCGCAGGGCGCAGCUCAAAGUCAAAGAAGAGGACUCCGGACUGCGGCCGGGGCGGGCCUCCGGGUGCAGUCACAGUCGUGCCUGCCGGGCACAUGGCCAUCACCACGGGCGGCCCUGUGCCACGGCAUUGGCGGGCCCAGCCACGGGCUGCCACACAGGCUCUUUCUGCCCUGGCACGUAUUGCAAAGGCAGAGGAGUCGCGCAAACUCUUGCGACGGAUGCGCACUGACGAGGUUGAGACCAACAUUUUCCACUUCAGCAGUGCUAUCAGCGCCUGCGAGAAAGCCGCAAACUGGCUGCUGGCCCUUGAUACGCUGCACACCAUGGUUGGGUGUGAGGUGCUUCCCAACUUGGUGAGCUACUGCUCGAGCGUGAGUGCCUGUGAGAAGGCCUCUGAGUGGCUCAUUGCCCUUGGCCUCUUUGCAGAGAUGCGGCCAAGGCAGGUCAUUCCGAACGUGAUCGCUUUCAGCUCAGCCAUCAGCGCCUGCGGGAAAGGCGGUGAGUGGCAGCUGGCUCUGCAGCUCUUCGCCACAAUGGCCGCAAACGAGGUCAUCCAGGACGUGGUUAGCUACGCCUCGAUGAUAAGCGCGGCUGCCCAAGGAGGGCAAUGGCGCUUGGCAGUCGACGUGCUCAGACUCAUGAUAAAUGAUCAGAUUACUCCAAACGUUGUCAGCUACAACAGUGCCAUCAGUGCUUGCGAGAGGGGUCGCCAGUGGAAGCCUGCGCUGCAGUUGCUAAAGUCCAUGAGUGAGGCAGCCAAGUCCCCAGAUGUGGUGAGCUACAGCGCUGCGAUUUCAGCCUGCGCAAAUCUGGGAGAAUGGCAGCGUGCUCUGUCCUUGCUGACGAGGAUGGGGCAGAAGAAGGUGCCUCCAAACACCGUCAGCUUUAAUGCCACGAUCAGUGCCGCCGAGAAGGCACAGGACUGGCUACUGGCACUGGAUCUGUUGAGUAUGAUGCGACGAGCAAAGGUUCCUCUGUCCGUGGUCACUUUCAGCUCAGCAAUCAGUGCCUGCGAAAAAGCACUGGCGUGGCAAGCAUCCCUCGAGCUGCUUUCAGCGAUGCCCGCGUUGAAGGUGGCACCCAACCAGGUGACAUACAACAGUGCCAUCAGUGCCUGCGAUGUGGGCAGCCAGUGGCGCCAGGCCGCGGCACUCCUCGACUGCAUGCUGGAUGUCGCCAUAGCUCAGGAUGAGCUCAGCUACAGCGCUGCAAUCAGUGCCGCUUCCCGCUGCGGUCAGUGGAUGCACGGCCUCGCACUGCUUGCGGAGAUGCCACGACGAAGCGUGUGCUGCGACGCUGUGGCGCGGGAUGCGUCCCUGAGGGCGUGUGUGAAGGCGCACAAAUGGCAAGCGGCACUUCUUCUUCUGCAUGUUGUUCCAGACACAGCGCUGGGCUGCAGCUUGGUUCUCGAUGGCUGUGAGGCCGGGAACUGCGCCGAGUUGAUGCCCGAACUGAUGAGUCGCCUGCACGGGGUCCUGUGCCGGGCGAGGUCGUUGUCCAUGCCUACUUAG